AUGUCACCAAGAAAUAAUCUUCCAUUCAGAUUUCAAACAUCUUCUCAGAUGUCAUCUCUUGUUGCUUUAGAUGAACCAGUUACUAGUUCCCUUGAACUAUCAUCACCUUCUAACACCUUCCAAGGCUUAAAAGUCUUUGGUUGGAUUGCAACUAUGAAGAUAAAGUUUUCAACUGCUAAUGAAUUAAUGGCAGGAAUUGUCUUGAUCUUUUUUGCUGGAAAAGUAUUCGUGUUUCUGGAUGGAUUUUGCAACUCGCUCGCCUUUUCUGGUGUUGUUAGUUUUUGCUUUGUGUACGGUAUGUUCUUAAGCUGCUGGUGUCUCUUUUGUUGCUGGGAUGAUGCGGCUGUAGAUGUUUUAACGGUGUACCUUGUUUAUGAUAUGAUGGUGUUCUGA